AUGUCAAGAGAAAACCAUAAUGGAAAACCAGGGAUUGAUUUCACCGUCACUCUUCUCACCAAUGGUUGUUGGCCAAGUUACAAAACGUUUGGCAUCAAUCUACCAAGUGAAAUGGUCAAGUGUGUUGAAGUUUACAAAGGGUUUUAUGAAGCGAAAACGAAAGCUAGGAAACUUACUUGGAUCCAUUCACUAGGAACUUGUCACAUCAAUGGAAAGUUUGGUAAAAAGACCAUUGAAUUGAUUGUGUCUACUCACCAAGCUGCUCUGCUUCUGCUUUUCAACACAAGAGACAUAAUGAGUUACACUGACAUCCAAACUCAACUGAACGUAAGCGAUGAAGAUCUAGUGCGGUUGCUUCAUUCCUUGUCGUGUGCUAAGUACAAGAUUCUUAUCAAGGAGACGAAGACAAAUAUUGUUUCCAAGACUGAUGUUUUUGAAUUCAACUCCAAAUUCAACGUUGGAAUGCGCAGAGUAAAGAUCCCUCUCCCUCGUGUUGAUGAAAGGAAGAAAGUCGUUGAAGAUGUAGUAGAGAAAGACAGGCGCUAUGCAAUUGAUGCUGCCAUUGUCAGGAUCAUGAAGGGAAGUAAAUUGUUGGGACAUCAACAACUCGUUUCUGAGUGUGUCGAGCAACUUAGCCAAAUGUUGAAGCCUGGUAUUAAAGCGAUCAAGAAACGUAUCGAAGAUCUAAUAACCAGAGAUUAUUUGGAGAGGGACACAAAAAAUCCUAACAUGUUUAGGUACCUGGCUUAG